AGGCAACAUGACGUAAACCAAUCGCAGAGAGCAGGCGGGGUCAGCUGAUUAGCCACGUAGCUACCUAACGUUAGCGGGCUAGGUAACUAACGUCAGCGAGAACCUGCAAUGGAUUUGCCACAUCACGGAUACCGAGCAAGUAAACAGAGGGGUCGUGGAACUCCGACGGGCGGGGAGUCCAUGUUGUUCGACGACACCAGCGCCUCAGGCAUGAACACUCAGGGCUAUUACACUCCAGACUACAGCAUGGCAGGCCCCCAAAACGACACGCAAGCGGGAGUCAGCAACUUGUUUGCUGAUCCCAUGGCCAAUGCCGCUGUCAUGUACGGGUCGUCCUUGGCCAACCAAGGCAAGGACAUGGUUAACAAAGAGAUCAGCAGAUUCAUGUCUGUGAACAAAUUGAAAUACUUCUUUGCCGUGGACACCAAAUAUGUGGUGAAGAAACUCAUGAUCCUCAUGUUUCCAUAUACGCAUCAGGAUUGGGAAGUUCGCUACCAUCGAGACACUCCGUUAACGCCAAGACAAGACGUCAACGCACCUGAUCUUUACAUACCAACAAUGGCUUUCAUUACCUACAUUUUACUGGCUGGAAUGGCUCUUGGCAUUCAGAAAAGGUUCAGUCCAGAGGUGCUGGGACUCUGCGCCAGCACCGCCUUGGUGUGGGUGAUCAUCGAGGUGUUGGUGAUGCUGCUCAGUUUGUACUUGCUGACGGUACACAGCGACCUGUCUACUUUUGACCUCAUCGCCUACAGUGGAUACAAAUAUGUCGGGAUGAUCUUCACCGUGCUAUGCGGCUUGCUGUUCGGCAGUGACGGCUACUUUGUGGCACUUGCGUGGUCCUCUUGUGCCCUUAUGUUCUUCAUUGUGCGUUCCCUGAAAAUGAAGAUCCUGACGUCACUGACGUCAGACUCCAUGUCCACUAGCUCCAGCGCCAAACCCCAAAUGCGCAUGUACAUCACCAUGGCGACCGCGCUCUUUCAGCCAAUCAUCAUUUACUGGUUAACCUCUCACCUGGUCAGGUGACUGUGACGCGUUCACGUGAGCCGGCGCCUUCCAAGUGCUUUGGCGCGCGUGGCCAUGCGCUCGCCUUCUUCUCCACACGCGCAGUUUUGUCCCUCCACGCGUGCGCAAUGUUGAGCUAUCAAAAAGGUUGUAAAAAGGAAAUUGUGUACUUGAGUUAACCAAAUUGUAUGAAACGUAUACAAAAAAAUUGAUUGUGCAGUGAUUUUGACAAAAGUUCAUUUUCUGCCAUCUUACCUUUAAAAAAAAAACAAACAAACAAGGGCUGUCAAAUCCAGAGCUUGGUUUCAUCAUUGGAUUCAACUAAUUUCCUUUAUGAAAAGUAAAGGCCAUUUCCAUCAUUUAUUACCUAUCCUUAAUGUCCAGCUUCAGCACCAUGUACCAAGACUCUUUGUCCUCACUUGUAACCCAAUUCAGUGCCUUUGUAGAAUGGCUAUGGCGCAUCAGUGGAGUGACUGUCUCACAAGAUUUUUUUUUAAAACCCCCACUGGUGCCAAAUUUGGCCAACUCAUUCAUAAUCAAAUCUAACUAGUACGGUUAGCAGUGCUGUGCCAGAUGUGAACUUGUGCACUGUGUUGCCUCACAAAUGACAUAGUUUAACUAUUAGUACGCCAGAGUUGUCAUAGUAGUGUGGAGAAAUGUCACUUAGUAGUGUGUGGGGGUGGGGGUGACAUCACUGUGAAGACAGUCGUUCUACCAGUAUGCUGAAUUACCAGAGAGGAUAAAGGGCAUAAUAGUCGAUGGACCUUAAACCUGGAUUUUAAGGAUAUGCAAUAAAUAAACGGUUUUAAGGAAAGCCAUUUUUUGCAUUCAUUUAUACAUCCUUCAUGAGGAGGCUACUAGUGCAUGAAGCAUACGUACUCGUCGAGCCUAAUUGUGUUCCUGGAGAUGCACAAUAGUUAACUAGUAAAUUUCAAUUACAGACUAGUCAUCCAAAAGUGAUACCGUGUACUGGACCAUGCAUUAGUUUAUGUCAUAAAUGCUGAAUAUCCUUUCCAUAAACAACUUGGUUAUAACGUCACCAUCAUUUCAAAAUAUGGAUUUUUAUUUAUCUGAAAUAUAUCAAAGCAUGACACUGUUUGAAUUUUCGUAGGAAAAAAAUAAAUAUAUUCAGCUUUGUGUAUUCAA